CAAGUGGACACCUAACAGCUAGUUGUCCAUAUGGUCCGUGCCAGAUAAUCUUUGUCAGAGGAUUAAAGUGUGUCCCAGAGGAGGAGGAAGAGGACGCUCUACAGGGCUUGUAUUCAUGCUAUGACGCUUCUAUAACCUUCCAGGACAUAUUUCUCCAGCUGACCAGAAUGCCUUCCACUAAAAGCUCUAAUCACUGGACGUUAUCAGAGUUUCUUGGGCAGCGCAGACUGUUGGGACUCGGGGCUCUGCUGGCGUGGCUCAUCCUCUUCCAUCUCCUGGUGAACGUUUGGCUCCUCUGUGUCUUCACCAGCCUCCUGGUGGUUCUCGGAGGUUGGCUUGGGUCCCGGGCUGUACUGGAUGCCAACAGCCUUCUCCACUUGGAACAUUUCUUGCCUCUUGGCACAGUUAACCCACCUCUGCCUUCGCCUGAGCACGAGUGGAGGUUGAACCAUGAGAUCCACAGCGCCGUCCACAAAGCAGUGCGUGACUUUGUGUCCUCGUGGUAUCGCACUCUGCUGCCAGACGUGGAGGGAGAGUUUGAACGUGCGGUGCGUAAUUCAAUGCUGGAGUCAGUGAUGGAGCUGAAGGAGCGUGCACGGCACGUGGACAGAAAAGCGCUGGUUCAACGGCUGCUGGAGCUGUAUGGCUGUCACCUGCAGAGCUACAUGACAGUGAGACAGAUUCAGUCGACACAGAAGGAGAGCUUUAGCCUCUGGCAGCUCUACAGUGAAGUAGAUGCUCCUCAUCCAGCUGUGAGCAGCACAACGGCUGAGCUCAGUUACUCCAGAGCUCUAGUUAACCUCGUAUUACACGUCCUGGUUCCGUACCCUCAGAUGGAAACCAAGACCGGAGGCUACAUGGUAACAGAGCUCAUCACCUGCAACGUGCUGCUGCCUCUAAUAAGCAGAGUUUCUGAUCCUGACUGGCUCAACCAGACCAUCGUAGACAUCUUCACCAGGUCCAGAGAACCACAGGAGAUCAGCAUAGAUGACCUCCCAUCAGAAGCUCUAUACAAAUGUCAGAUCCAGCAGGAGUCCUGGACCACCUGCAAGUCACUGUCUUCUUCUGAUCAAACUGGCCUCACCUGCAAAAGCUCCUCUUGCUCUGAUGAUCUGCAGAGUCCAGCAGACUCCUCACAGGGCAGCAUGGUCAGCCUGACAUCUGCUGGGAAAGUGCAAAGUUGCCAUGCAGGUUUGCUCAAACCAUACAAAGUAAACUGCUGUUCUCUCACAUCCGGCCGCUACUCAUCACAGACCAAAAUAAUUUCAUCGGACUCGCUGAUUCCGUCAGAUUCAGAAGACGACCUGACAGGAGGCUUUUGUGACUGUGGUCCUCCAACCAACUUCUGCAACGUGCUCAACUUAAAAGAUGACGAAGACUUUGGCUGCUUUGGUCCUCUGAGAAAUAUUGGGCCUAAGGUAGUGGUGCCCGACGACUCCCAGUGGCCAGCAGGGAUAGCUCAAGAGAAAUCUCCAACUUGUCCUCCAAGAAGGCUCUGUAUAUCCCCCUACAGCUUUGAUGCUCCCAACAACCCAGCUUCACCUGUGAUCAUCCAGAACGUGCAAGUUUCUGGAACUGUCAGUGUAAAGGAGCAGCGUAGCGGUGGCAUACAUCCAUAUACUCUCUACACUGUAAAGUUUGAGACCCUGACUGACCCUGAUAAUGCCGACACUCUACAACCUGCAGCCAGUCACACCGUCAAUCGCAGAUACAGCGAGUUCCUCAACUUGCAGGGACGUUUAGAGGAGAAGCCUGAAGUGAAGAAAUUCAUCAAAAAUGUGAAAGGCCCGAAGAAAAUGUUCCCCGACCUCCCUUUUGGCAGUCCAGAUGGUGAGAAAGUUGAAGCACGUAAAGCCCAACUGGAUGCCUUCCUGAAACAAUUAGGCAGCAUUCCUGAGACAGCCAACAGUGAAGACAUGCAAGAGUUUCUAGCUCUUAACUCAGACGCUUGCACGUAUUUUGGAAGGAAGCCUUUUGUCAAGUCAAGAAUUGAUAAGAUGAUGGAAAAUGCUUUAGACACCUUGAAGACAGCCUUCCCUCAUCCUGAAACCCUUAGUCCCACAGAGGACAUCGAAGGAGAUGCUGAUGGAAGGACGAUGGAAAGAAAGUACAGGAGGCUUAUGUUCGGCAGCAAAGUUUCCCCAUCUCUCAACAUACCUGACCUACAUCCUAAAGUGGGAUACUGCUUCAGUGAAGGCAGCCCUGUCCUCAAUGGCAUGUCACUAUCCAGCCUGGAGAGCUUUGUCAGAGAGCGAGAAAGACUUUUAUGUGAGCCGAAUGGGAAAGAAGCAGUCAAGCAGAGCUGUGAGCAGCAAGGCAAAGACAAGAAGAGUUCAGGGAAAAAUCACGGAACAGACACAGCUGUGGCAGAUGUUGCUUUGAACAUCUUGUGUCUGCUGAUGAAGGACCAGUGGAGCUGGCUGUGCACUGAGAACAUACAGAAAACCAUCAGACUGCUCUUUGGCACUUUCAUUGAAAGAUGGUUGGAUGUCGGGGUUGCCCAUCUGACCAGUGCCCCCUGCUGGGUGAUUUACCUCCAAGUGCUGCAGGAGGCUGUCUGGCCAGGCGGCACGCUGCCUACUCAGCCACGGCCAGAGCGAAGUGUCGCAGAAAGAGAGGAAACGAAGGGGCGAUGUUUGGAUUGUCUAACGCAGCUGUUACCAGAACUCAUCACUGACAUGCUGGGCAGCGAGAAGUACAGACUGAGCUUAGAGACCUUGCUGGAGUCUUUACAGGACCAUCAGAUAAACAAACAUCUGCUUUACUGCAUCUGUGACCUGCUGCUGGAGUUUCUGAUCCCUGAGUCGUGUGACGAGGUCUUCCAGAAGUCUCUCCUGCAGAGUUUGGCUAAAAACACAGAGAGAGACAGUCCUCACAUGUGAUCUACACAUAAUAUACUUACAGAUGGAUGCACAAUGUGCAGUAUACUGUAUGUGUGACCUGGAGUUCACAGCAUAAUAGCACUAAAUAGUAGCAGUCACUUCUUUUGAUUAGCAGGAGAAAUGUCUUCUCUUAGCUUCACGCAUUUUUAAUAAGCUUCCCUUCCUUGUGAUCAACUGUAGCACAAAGAAGUGGGAAUGUGAGAAAUGUGUGUGUAUCAGAAGGUAACUACUAUGGUGUCAUAUAAAAUAUGAGUUGAGGAAUAUUUAUUACUAAAGUAAUAUUGUGAGUGAGUAUUGGUGGGACCUUCCCAGCCACAUUAAAAAAGUAUUUUGGCCACAUUAUGGUUUGGAUCUUUGCCUUGGCUGGCGAGUCUCCCCUUGUGAUUUUACUGCAUUUCUGGCUGAUACACUUCCCAAGAGAGGCAGGUCUAGUGGUCAGAAAACCCACAACUAUAGCCAGAGCUGCUUCGAUCCAUGACGCUUUCUUUCAAAGUAUAAAUUAUGAUUGAUGUCCAUGUUUGAGCUGAGAAUAUGGGAACGGUCCCUGGAGUCAAGGUCGUGACACAGUGGGCUGGGAAACGGUUUUGGGGAAUGGAUUUGCUUAAUUAAAAACUCUGAAUUCCAAUAAACAACAUUCCAGCUACAUGGUCUGGCUUGCCACAAGGACCAGUGUGCCGUUUGCAGACCCAAGUGCACAAGAGAUGUAGCAACUGUAUCAAAAAAGCUAGUUUUACAAUUAGAAACAUGAUUUUUGUAUUACUUGAAGAAUUGGCGUGACUGUCAAACAUGGCUUAAUGGCAUUUAAAGCGACUGUUUACCUCAUGAAUUUAUUCUGGUACAUUUUGGUGGCUUAUGGGUUUUAAAGCCUGUCCAAAGAAAUCAACAAGAUUUCUGAUAUUCACUGUAUUCGUCACAGAAAUGAUGAGUGUCCACCGAUAACAAUCUGUUUUGUUUCCUCCCAGCCUGUGUUAUAUUAUAAGAAAUGAAGCAGAAGGUUGUAUAUACUGUUCCUGCUGUGCUGUGGAAAUACUGUGAUAAAUUAGAUUUCAGUGGCCUUAACCCAGAAAUAAAUUAAAGUUCCUUGUUAUUGCAUUUUUUCUCAAUAAUACUAAUGUAAUUGUAUUGACAUAAGAGGAAUGAAUACAACUACUUAAUUAGA